AUGUACAGUUCAAUAUUUUAUUGUUAUACAACGUUAUUAUUAGUAAUUUUAAUGGCUGGGAAUUUCAAUUUACAAGUUGCUGGUUAUAUACUUUGUCACUGUGAUACAGACGACUGCCGUGCUUUUGGAUAUAAUGAAUGCAAAGCUGAAUUUUAUUGUUACAGUAUUUAUGAAUUGAGUUGGACGUCAGAUACGUCAGAUGAUCAGUUGACAAAUCGAUCAACAGAAAUUACUGGCACCUCUAUUAGCCGGGGUUGUGUAUCUGCCAGUUUUUUAACAAUGUGUACAAAAAAAGAAAUUCGACCAAAGAAACAAUUUAAUUCACCUUAUUUAAUGACACAUUGUUGUAGAGAUGCAUGGUGUAAUGCAGAAAAAGUAAAAAUCGCUCACAGUGACUGGUCAUCUAAUGAACCGAAGCGCUUUGUUCCAAAGACAGCAGAUUAUUCCCAGUAUGAAGAACAGAUAAAACCAGCUAGUUUACGACAGCAUCCACAGUUUAAACCGUCUUCAUCAUUCAUGAAUUCUGGAACCAUUGAAGGUGGUUUUCCUCAGACAAUCCCUCAAAAUUCCAAGGAAUCAAUGGAGUCCAAAGAAGGAAAUAAUGAGAUUAUAAAUUCUAAAAAACCAUUGCGACGGAAAAAUGAAAAGAGAAUACAAAGUGAUGUAACGGAGUCGAGUCAAGCAUUAUCAAACAAAUUACAUUCGCCUUAUUUAAAUCCACUAAAACCAAUGCCUUCUAAAUCUUACAGCUUGAGCGUGUUAUUAGCAAAGCCGAUUUAUGUGGCUAUGGGGAUUGCCAUAUCCAUCAUCCUAAUCGGUCUUAUAUUCCUGUCAACUGCACUACUACUUUAUCGUAAACACAAACACUUUCCUAUUACUAAUUGUCACACAACUUGUAAUUAUUCAUGUCAUAAUAAUAGAAAUACUCUAGCAUCACCUAUUAGUGAAAGAGUCAAUCAUAUAAGCGCUAUAGGAAUGUCAGAAAAUAUAAACAGCUGUCAAAAUUGGAGUCAAAUGAGUAUCGUAUAUCCAAAUAAACAUUCAAGUGAUCAACCACUUUUCUUAAAUGGUAUCAAUUCUACUGAAAGCAUAAAUCCUUCUACGGAAUAUCGAUCAUCCCCAUUAGGUCAAAUGGAUAAUAACUGGAUGAAGCCGAUCAAUAAUGUGACUUCACAAGAAUUACAGAAAAAUACCGAUGUGGGAAAGUCACUUACAUACUAUUGCACAAAUUGUUGGUGUUGUUUUCCAUACAAAGACAGUGUUAUCAUGAUUAACCACAAUCAUGACAAUCAUACAAAGAAUAAAAAUGUCAAAUCAAUAGAUAACUUAUCCCAUCUCUUUAAAAGAACACCAGUGACAACAAGUGACAGUAAUAAUAAUAAUAAUGAUACUAAUAAUAAGAGCAUUUGUAAUCCUCCUGAAGAUCAUCAACAUCACCAUCCAGUAAGAUGUGAAGAAAGUGAAGGUAGUUUAAAUACAGAAAAUCAAAAAUAUGAUCCAAGCAGUAUAUCUACACCAUUAUUUAGCAUACAUUCAGUAUCAACACAACAAAUACAAGAUUUAGUGGAUUAUAAAAUGUUGAACUCCAACAAUAUCAACAAUUAUGAACAACAAUAA